UCGUGUCGCUAUAGCAACGGGACGCCAUGGGCCUGGACUACUACGCUGUGCUGGAGCUGGACCGCGGGGCCACCGCCGACGCCAUCAAGAAGGCCUAUCGGAAGUUGGCCCUGAAGUACCACCCACUGAAAUGCAAGGAGCCCUGGGGCCCGAAGAGGUUCCAGCAGCUGGCGGAGGCCUACGAUGUGCUCAGCGACCCUAUGAAGAAAGGCAUCUACGACAAAUUUGGGGAGGAGGGGCUCAAAGGUGGCAUCCCCUUGGAGUGUGGGAGCGACAACCCUUGGAGCGUCGGAUACGUGUUCCACAACAACCCCGAGAAAGUCUUCAGGGAGUUCUUUGGAGGGGACAACCCCUUUGCAGAGUUCUUUGCCGAGGAUGGCUCGGAGGUGCUGCUGCCCUUUGGAGGGCCCCGAGGCCGGGGGGCCCUGCGGCAGGACCCCCCCGUGGUGCGGGAUCUCUACGUGUCCCUCGAGGACCUGUUCCAUGGCUGCACCAAGAAGAUCAAGAUCUCCCGCAGGGUGAUGAACGAGGACGGGCAGACGAGCACCAUCAGGGACAAGAUCCUAACCAUUGACGUGCAGCCGGGGUGGCAGCGCGGCACCACGGUCACCUUUGAGAGGGAAGGAGACCAGGGCCCAAACAUCAUUCCAGCUGACAUCACCUUUGUUGUCCAAGAGAAGCUGCACCCAAGGUUCAAAAGGAUCGACAACAACCUCCUUUAUGUUGCCAAAAUCUCCCUGGCAAAGGCACUGACUGGAUGCACCCUGGAUGUGUGGACGCUGGAUGGGAGGCUGCUGAACAUCCCCAUCAACGACAUCGUGGACAGCCCCAAGUACUACAAAAUGGUGCCGGGAGAGGGAAUGCCGCUGGCCCAGGACCCGCAGCGCAAGGGGGACCUCUACAUCUACUUUGACAUCCUCUUCCCCAAGAGGCUCAGCCCUGAGGUGAAAACACUCCUGAAGAGCGUCCUCCAGCCCUAGGGACAGUGACCUUCCCCCUCUCCCCCCUGCCUUAUCCCCCCAGUAAAGCUUUGGAGCCAGCACUAGGACUGGGCAGAAGUUCUUCCAAAUGCUGGGAACCCUACGACACAGGAUCGCCCUAAAACAACAGCCUGGCCCAGGUCCAGCUGGCUUUGUGGUCUCUGCUCUCCAGCUCCCACCCUGCAGCAGCAGCUCUGCAGCCCUGAGGAGGCCGAGGGAGGAUUUUGGGGCUGAUGGAGGGAGGCACCCAUGGCCAAGACCCUACCCAAGAGCCUCAGUGCUUUAUUUUCCUAAUAUAUAUACAGAAUCUGUCCCUACUAAAGCUGAGCCCUGACAGCACAGGGAGAGGUCAGGUAACACUUGUGUUUUCCAAUGGCACUCCAGGGCUGGGAGAAUGGCCUAAAAAGGGGAGGAAAUCCUGACCCUGCUGCGAUCAGACCCCAUAGGGGUGGUUUAUAGUGCCCGUAAGGAAUAAUGGGAGGCUGUGCCGGGAAAAGCAGUACUGAAGGGAACAUGCCAGGCUGUUAGAAACGUCAUUUCCAGGGAGUAAACCCCAGCAGAGAGGAAGGAGGAGCCCCGUGUCCCUGUGCCUGAGCCCACACCACGCUGCCGGUGAGGCUGGCGGCUUUGGGGCCGUUCUCUGCUGUGGGAUCGCCCCGCGGAGCCUCGAGGGUCCCGGUCCCGCCGGGGCUGCGCUACCGCGCCUGUCCACAGGAGGGCAGCACCGCGUGCGGAGAGCCGCUCCCGGCUCCGGUACCGGCUGCGACGCGCCGUCGGUCCCAAAUCCAGGAAACAGCCUCCAAAAUAGGAUACUACCUUGAAAUGUCUCCCAAGGCCGGCAGCUCCUCACCGCUGAGCACCACAAUUCCCUGAUCCCGAGGGAUCGCCCCGCGGAGCCUCGAGGGUUCCGGUCCCGCCGGGGCUGCAGUACCGGGCGUGUCCACAGGAGGGCAGCAGCGCGCAGUCCCGCUCAGCGCUGUCCCGGCUCCGGUACCGGCUGCGACCCGCCUUCGGUCCCAAAUCCAGGAAACAGCCUCCAAGAUGCUGUAGGAUGCUACUUUGAAAUGUCUCCCAAGGCCGGCAGCUCCUCACCGCCGAGCACCUCAAUUCCCUGAUCCCGAGGGAUCGCCCCGCGGAGCCUCGAGGCUCCCAUCCCCGCCGGGGCUGCAGUACCGGGCGUGUCCACAGGAGGGCAGCACCGCGCAGUCCCGCACGGCGCUGUCCCGGCUCCGGUACCGGCUGUGACCCGCGUUCGGUCCCAAAUCCAGGAAACAGCCUCCAAAAUAGGAUACUACCUUGAAAUGUCUCCCAAGGCCGGCAGCUCCUCAUUGCCGAGCACCACAAUUCCCUGAUCCCGAGGGUCCCAUCCCCGCCGGGGCUGCAGUACCGGGCGUGUCCACAGGAGGGCAGCACCGCGCAGUCCCGCUCAGCGCUGUCCCGGCUCCGGUACCGGCUGUGACCCGCGUUCGGUCCCAGUGCUGGCACCAAUCCACUCCUGGUUCCUUACAAAGUUCAUCUCAGCUUUGCAAAAACCAGCCCCUGCUGCACAGAGCGCCGGUCCUCAGUGACCUCCACUUCCCUGGAAAACCUGCUCCAGCCCCAGGCUGUACCAAGGCUUGGAGCGAGACCCAGCUACAAAUGGAAUUGUGGAAACAGCCUCCAAAAUGUUGUAAGACACUACUUUGAAAUGUCUCCCAAGGGCGGUAGCUCCUCACCGCUGAGCACCUCAAUUCCCUGAUCCCGAGGGAUCGCCCCGCAGAGCCUCGAGGCUCCCGGCCCUGCUGCGCCUCAGGUUCCGCGUCCCGGGAAAUGGGAAUGAAAGGAUUCGGAGCAUCCCGGCCGGCACAGCUCCGCUCUCAUCGCUCACUGCGGGGUUUGAUCAGCCAGAGGUGACACCGACUCAAACAAAAAAGUGCCCUUCUCUUCCAGCAUUUUCCUCCCUACCUAUUCCAGCCAUUAAAGGGAUGUUCGUUUUUCUUACUGUA